CACCAAUUUUUCUAGCUUAUCUUUUUCUUCUUCUUCUUCUCUCUUUUGAUUCUUUUUCCACUCCUCUCUCUCUGCUCUCUCUCUCCCACUCUCUCCCUGCAACUGUGCUUUGACGCGACUAAAGCUUUCCAUUCCCUCCUUCAAAAACUACUACGCGUCCUUUCCAUGUCACCAAAACCCUAAUUACUAAUUACCAUCUCUCUCGCCGACGCCUUCUUUCUUCUAAUUCAUGCUCGCUUCUCCCUCCCAAGUCCAAUCCACUCUACGACGUCGUCCGAUCCACCUCCGCCUCCAUGGACGGCGACAAGGACACACGCGAUCCGGGACUCACCGAGUUCCCCACCGAGCCGAGCUGGGACAGUCCUUACUUCUUCACCAACGAUCGUGACACCACCGUACUAAGCGAAUUCGGGUGGAAUUUCAGCCCCGACGACCAGAUCGGCGCCGACGACAGGUCCGAUUUGGCGGGAAGCAGCACUACCACUACUCUCGCGGAACAGUUUCCUGAAAGAAGCAGUAAUACUAACUCCGACCCGGCCCACGUGGUCGGAUCUGUUUCGUCAAGCUCUACCGAGGACCCGCCGGAGAGGUCUACUGGCUCCGGCUCCGGCGGCACACCACCUCCCGAGACACCGAGUAGCACUACGAAGGUGAAUAAAAAGAAGGGGCAGAAGCGAAUCCGGCAGCCAAGAUUUGCGUUUAUGACAAAGAGCGAAGUUGAUCAUCUCGAGGAUGGCUACCGCUGGCGGAAAUAUGGACAGAAGGCUGUUAAGAAUAGCCCAUAUCCAAGGAGCUACUAUCGGUGCACAAAUAGCAAAUGCACUGUGAAGAAAAGGGUUGAACGUUCCUCUGAAGAUCCAACGACGGUAAUUACGACGUAUGAAGGGCAACACUGUCAUCAUACGGUUGCAUUUCCCCGCGGCGGCGGGGGAGUCAAUAUUAUUAGUCAUGAUCAAUCUGGCUUUGCCGCAGGAAGCCAGUUAAUGCAGCUUCCUCCAGUCUCGCAGUUCAUGCAUUAUCCAACUUCAAUUCAACCCAGAUCACAAAUUAGUCCAACUCAUAAUUUGACAGUAGGAGGGUCGCAGUCGCACCGAUCAGUCCGGGCUGGCGGUACUCAUUACCAUCAUGAUCAAGCAGCUGGGGGAUCCCAGUGCAUUAUUAAUCCAAAUCAUGAGCCACUCCCAGUAGUACCAGUUCCUACAGAUGAAGGGCUUCUUGGGGACAUUGUACCUCCUGGAAUGCGUAAUCCGUUCGAUGGAUAAAAUGUACUAGUGCACUUGCCCACUUCAAUUAUUAUGCUUCCAUAUCAUCUUGUAUUCUUGUUCGAUCAGCUGUCUCCUCGAUCCUCAUUGCACUUCAUAUCAUUAUUUUGGCCAAAUGAUCGAGUUGUCCUGGGCAGAAAUUAAAGAGCUUCAUGAAGCAUAACCCAUCGGAAGCUAGCUAGUAAUUUAGUAGGAGAUCGAUCCUCAGAGUUGAUGAUUAUCAGAUUCUUAAUGUCUCUUAAUGUCUCUUAUAUAGAGUUGAAGAUUUGAAGAAUUCCGUGAUAUUAAGUGGUCGAUAUCAUGCACUCUAAAUUAAUUACCCAACUAAUUGCAGUAUUUAACUAAUUAAUUUCACUAUUGA